GGUUACGUUUGUGGAGUCUGGAUUUAUUCUAUGGAGGGAGGAAAAUAUGCAUUUGUUUUGUUUUUUUUUAGCGGGGGAGGGCGGGAGUGGUAAUGGACAUUGAGGAAUCAUGGUUCACGGGGAGUUAUUUUUCAUGAUUAUGGGUACCUUCGAGGAAGACGGAGUGAUCAACAGGCAAAAAAACAAAAUCAGCAAAGUUUGUAUGCAUGUAUGAUAGUGAUUGACUGAGGUCGGUAGCCACAGUUUAUGUACGGACCUUGAGCAAGACAGCGUUUUUUUUUCUGGUCCCAAUCAGACAAAACAAGGCUGGGAAGAGGGUGGGUGGGAGUGAGAUUUGAUUGGGUGUGUGCAACGCAGGAUGUGCAAGCAUGGGGGGGGAUGCGGCUAGAUGCGUGCAAGUGGUCACCUUUUGUCUGCAUGUGUCUAGUCGGAUGUGAGUAGUUUUCGUGUGAGUAAGGGGGGUUUGAAGCCGGGGAGGUUUCGGCGGGGAGGUGGUUGUGUAGCGAGACAUUUGUGGGAGUAUAAGACAAGGAUGUCUCGAAGUCGAGGGAGGAGUUUGUCACACAACCAUAUCCUACCAACACAUCAUCCAUCCUUUUCUUCCAGCAGCAUAUCUCUACAUUAACCAUCCAUCUCACACCACCAGCGUUCGGCGUAUCAUUAAAAAUGACCACCCACCACAGCCACCACAACCAUCACCAUCACAACAACAACAACAACAACAACCACCACCACCACCCCCCUUCCUCCUCCGAUGACAACCCCCCCUCUCUUACGAUCGAACCCCCCCUCCUAACCUGGGAACAACUCCUCGCCCACUUCACCCAAGAAGUCCACCGCCUCUCCUCCGACCUUCAUUCCUCCCACCGCCGCCUAGAGGCCAGUUUCCAGUCCCAGCUCUCAGUCAUAAAACGGGACCUCUCAAGACAGCUGACCCGCGAGAUUGGGGGUGUGCACUCCCACCUUUUGCUUUCUACCCAAGCCCCCAAGUUUUCUUACUUUAGGAAACUGCCGGUCGAGGUUAGAAUGAAAGUAUGGGAGUUUGCCCUUUGGGGUUGUCCGCGUGUUUUGGAGGUCAGGGGCGGGUAUUUGCCUAGAGGGGGCCAGGUGGUGGGUAGGGUGAGGGGGUACCAUGGUGUUUUCGAAGGGGGGACCCAAGGAGAGGAGGGAAGGGUCGGGAGGGAUUGGAGACCACGGGUGGGCGGUGGGCAUCAGGGGGUUGGGGGGAACGGGGGGAGUAACCCCUUGCCAGGACCGGUGGUGACUACCAACUUAUUACCACCGCCGCCGUUGGCGGGGACAUGUCAUGAGAGCAGAGUUGUUUGCUUGAGACAUGGGGGGUUGGUGAAGACAAAGGUCGUGACGAUGGAUGGGCAGGCGUACGUGACGGGGCAUACCUGGUUUUCCCCCGGGGUGGAUUGGCUAAAGGUGCCGAGUGUCGGGCCUGUUUUUGCGGCUACGAUUGUCGGUAGUGUAGGACAGGGGGAGCUGCCGCCGCCGCUGGAUAUACAGCAGCUUGCCGAACAAGUCUUGAUACGAAAACCACAAGAUCGGGCGGAGUUGGAGAGGCAGGUGAGGAGAUUUCAGAUUGGGGGUUUGUGGGAACGGUUGAAGACCGUCGGGGUGGUUGUCACGUGUGAUGUGGUGAGGGUGAGGAUGGGGGGGUGGGAGUGGGGGUUGGGGAUGGGGCCGGGGAGGGAGUUGUUUCCUGCCGGGGAAGGGCCGGUGAGGUUUGUUGACCUCCAAUCCCCCUCCUCCACCCUCUCCAUCGCCUCUCUCUUCCCCCCAGGUUCUCCCCCACACCAAGUCUGGACCGCCCACCACUACUCCCUCAUCUCCAAAAACCCCUUCUGCUCCCCCCUCCUCAACAACACCACCUUCCGGCUCGAAGGCCUCGAGACGCUCUGGCUCAUCUACCGCUCCAAACUCUUUCCUCUCACCUUUGCUCUCUCGGAGAUCAUCGACUCCGAGGACCUGCUGUUCUACGACGGCGAAGUCACCCGGCAGGAAAACGGCUGGGUCAGGGAGGAACUGAAAAGAAUGCCCGAGAUCAAACUGCUGCAUGCUUUCAUAAUGGAUGAGUUUAACGAGGAAGGAGGAGGGGGAGGAUACAAUGGGGAAAAGGGGGCGGAGGUUAGGAGGCUUUAUGGAGGUAAUUUUGGGGGGAGGUUGGGGACUUUGGGGGCGGUUUAA